AUGGACGAAAACGAAUUACUCGAGAAAUACAAGAAAUCUCUCUUAAAAGGUUUUACUCAAGGUAUCGCUUUUGGAAUUGGUUAUGGUAUCUUUUCAUUAGUUUGGAAUAAAUACUUUAGAAUUAUUUUUGUUGAUUAUUUUGGCGUUCCAGUUGCUAAACACAUUACAAACUAA